AUGGGCAAAGUCUUUUUCGUCGACUGGGCGCUAUGGCAGAAGAUGACCUUCGUGCUAGCUUGCGCAAUUGUCCUCACCAUCUUCAUCGGCUGGAUGAAGGUUCUCCACACCAACCGAAAGAUGAAGAAGUUGACCAAGCCGGUUGGCGCAAGAGCGGACCAAGAGCCGCAGAUGGUCGAGGCCGCCGCCGCACCGAGAAGGAAAUCUAGCGACGAUAUUCCGUUCGGUAUUCGCGCAAUCCAAAGUGGCAUCGAGGUCGACGGCAUCUGGAUCUCCGGCACGAACACACCUGUUCCCGGCAGUCCCACUCAGUCGGCGCAGGACAAGCCCGAAGCUUCUGGUUCCAACUCCCGCCCCAUGAGCACCCUCGAUAUUCAUGGCUCUGCUAUGGCUGGCCCAUCUAGUGGCUCUUCCAGUCGCCCCUCGUCUCGUGGCCCCCCGUCUUCCAGCUUCGAUCGCGCCGUUUCUGCUGAGAGAAUCGCAAGCCACAGCCGUGAUUCUUCGCCUGGUUCAAGUGCUUCUGGUCAGCGUGCGCGCGCCCAUCGCCCUCCGCCAACGGCCUACACCCGUUAUAGCCAAGCCAGCAUGUUGAGGCACUCGGCAACUUUGGAUACUCUUGAAGGCGAUGAAGCCGAAGCUCAAGCGAUGCACGAGCGCUCAACCUCUGCCAGUGCCAACCCUUACGGCUACAACUUCAGCUCCAACGGCUCUUCUCGCAAGUCAAGCGGCAGCAGUGAUAACAACCCUGCGCACCCUUCCAGUGACGACGACACCACCGGGUCCACGGUAACGGGCAAGGCUCCGAUGGUGGUUGCUCCGCGUUCUCGUGACCCCCGCACCGACCUGCGUCUGCUCCAGAGCCACCGCAUGUCGCAUGUGGCAGAGACCGGCUCUUUGGUCCGCCGAGAACGGCCUGGUCCCACUGGCCGCAGCGGAGAUUGGAGCAACAUGUCCAUGGAUGCGCCUUACAGCCGUUCUGCGCCUACAUCGGGUCGGUCCUCGCCGCCUUCUGGCCCGGUAUCUGAUCCGCCAUCGCCGCCUACUCCUCCGAUCGCUCAAGGCCCCAACCCGUUCAUAGCUCCUCUCGAAUCAGUCAGCAGUCCUACUCGCGACAGUCACCCCGACAACACGGUCGCGCACGCUGUGCCGCUCCUCGAAACGUACCAACCGCGCGGCCCUAAUUUCGAUGACGACACGCCACAGGCCUACUCCUCGCAAGACUCUCAAGUCUUGCGCAAAGUCAACUCGGGUUUCGAGAUUCUGCGGCCCGGUACCUUCUCUGUUGGCCCCACGGAGGAAGCGUUGAGGGCUCAGCAACCACCCAAGAAGCUGCAGAAGAAGAGAAGACCUUCUGAAACAGACUCGCGGGUCUCGAGCUUCGUAGAACAGGUGUAA